CCAAGCAUGAGGCCGCGGCCCGCCGGUCGGGGGCUGGCAGGAGCCGCGCUGUCGCCCGCGCUGCUGCUGCUGCUGUUGCUGCUGCUGCUGCCAGCGCCGCCCCAGCCGCUGGGACGCCUGUGGGCGGCGGGCACGCCAGCGCUGGCAGCGCCUGGAGCUCUGCAGGACGGCGCGCUGAGCGCGGGACGCGUGAAGCGCGGCUGGGUGUGGAAUCAGUUCUUCGUGGUGGAGGAGUACACGGGCACCGAGCCCCUGUACGUGGGCAAGAUCCACUCGGACUCAGACGAGGGUGAUGGGGCCAUCAAGUACACCAUCUCGGGCGAGGGCGCAGGCACCAUCUUCCUGAUCGAUGAGCUGACAGGCGACAUCCACGCCAUGGAGCGGCUGGACCGUGAGCAGAAAACCUUCUACACGCUCCGGGCCCAGGCUCGGGACCGCGCCACCAACCGCCUUCUGGAGCCCGAGUCGGAGUUCAUCAUCAAGGUGCAGGACAUCAACGACAGCGAGCCCCGCUUCCUGCACGGCCCCUACAUUGGCAGCGUGGCCGAGCUCUCGCCCACAGGCACAUCGGUGAUGCAGGUGAUGGCCUCGGAUGCGGAUGACCCGACCUAUGGCAGCAGCGCUCGACUGGUUUACAGCGUGCUGGAUGGAGAGAACCACUUCACGGUGGACCCCAAGACCGGUGUGAUUCGGACAGCUGUGCCUGACCUUGACCGCGAGAGCCAGGAGCGCUACGAGGUGGUGAUCCAGGCCACAGACAUGGCGGGCCAGCUGGGCGGCCUCUCGGGCUCCACGACCGUCACCAUCGUGGUCACCGACGUCAACGACAACCCGCCCCGUUUCCCCCAGAAGAUGUACCAGUUCAGCAUUCAGGAGUCCGCUCCCAUCGGCACAGCCGUGGGACGUGUGAAGGCCGAGGACUCGGAUGUGGGCGAGAACACGGACAUGACAUACCACCUCAAGGAGGAGAGCGGCACCGGUGGCCAUGUGUUCAAGGUGACCACGGACAGCGACACUCAGGAGGCCAUCAUCCUCCUGCAGAAGCGCCUGGACUUCGAGUCCCAGCCCAUACACACCGUGGUCCUGGAGGCCCUCAACAAGUUCGUGGACCCCCGCUUCGCUGACCUGGGCACGUUCCGCGACCAGGCGAUCGUGCGCGUGGCGGUGACCGACGUGGAUGAGCCCCCCGAGUUCCAGCCGCCCUCCGGCCUCCUGGAGGUGCAGGAGGACGCGCAGGUGGGCUCCCUGGUCGGCGUGGUGACUGCGCGGGACCCCGACGCCGCCAACCGGCCCGUCCGGUAUGCCAUUGACCGAGACUCAGAUCUGGACCAGAUCUUUGAUAUCGAUGCCGACACGGGCGCCAUCGUGACGGGCAAGGGACUGGACCGCGAGACUGCUGGCUGGCACAACAUCACGGUGCUGGCCAUGGAGGCAGACAAUCAUGCCCAGCUGUCCCGGGCAUCCCUAAGGAUCCGAAUCCUGGAUGUGAACGACAAUCCCCCAGAGCUGGCCACACCCUACGAGGCAGCCGUGUGUGAGGACGCCAAGCCUGGCCAGCUCAUCCAGACCAUCAGCGUGGUGGACAGAGACGAGCCCCAGGGUGGGCACCGCUUCUACUUCCGCCUGGUGCCUGAAGCUCCCAGCAACCCUCAUUUCUCUCUGCUCGACAUUCAAGACAACACAGCCGCGGUGCACACGCAGCACCUGGGCUUCAACCGGCAGGAGCAGGAUGUGUUCUUCCUACCCAUCCUGGUGGUGGACAGCGGGCCGCCCACGCUGAGCAGCACGGGCACCCUCACCAUCCGCAUCUGUGGCUGCGACAGCUCCGGCGCCAUCCAGUCCUGCAACACCACGGCCUUUGUCAUGGCCGCCUCGCUCAGCCCCGGCGCCCUCAUCGCUCUCUUGGUCUGUGUCCUCAUUCUGGUUGUGCUGGUGCUGCUGAUCCUCACCCUCAGGCGCCACCACAAGAGCCACCUGAGCUCCGACGAGGACGAGGACAUGCGAGACAAUGUCAUCAAAUACAACGACGAGGGUGGAGGCGAGCAGGACACCGAGGCCUACGACAUGUCGGCACUGCGUAGCCUCUACGACUUUGGCGAGCUCAAGGGAGGCGAAGGGGGCGGGGGCGGGGGCGGCGGGGGCGGCCCAGGCGGGGGCGGGGGCGUGGGCAGCCCCCCGCCGGCCCGCCUGCCCUCGGAGCGCCACUCGCUCCCACAGGGGCCACCGAGCCCCGAGCCGGACUUCUCGGUGUUCAGGGACUUCAUCAGCCGCAAGGUGGCGUUGGCGGACGGGGACCUGUCGGUGCCGCCCUACGACGCCUUCCAGACCUACGCCUUCGAAGGCGCGGACUCGCCGGCCGCCUCGCUCAGCUCGCUGCACAGCGGCUCGUCGGGCUCCGAGCAGGAUUUCACCUAUCUCAGCAGCUGGGGCCCGCGCUUCCGGCCCCUGGCCGCGCUCUACGCAGGCCACCGCGCAGACGACGAGGCCCAGGCCUCCUAGCCCCACGCCCUGCCGUCGGGCGCGGCCACUCGCCCCAUCCAGGACCCUACUGGGCCCAAGGACAAAGCAUUUCCCCCACUCACCCUCAUCCCCAACCCACCUACCCUCCCAGGGUGGCCGGACGGGAGGGGGACUUUUGGGGGGAGGGCUCCCGGAAGGCCCCCCCAAGAAGGGGCGAUGCAGCUUUCGGCCCAGAGGUGCAGGGAUGAUGACCAACGUCAUUAAAACAGCAGCGAGACCAGGCACUGCGUGGAUUUGGGUUAGAAAGGGAAAUUGGGUGUCGCUGCUGCGGGGAAAAGGGGCAGUUAUUCACUCCUGGCUUGGGGGGAAAAUCCCUUGGGGGGAGGAUGCUGCAAAGAGCCCCCAGGAUUCCCCCUUCAGAGUUAAAAGGAAAAGAAGGGCUGUUCAUUUACUAAGCAGCUACUGUGUGCUGGGAUACUGUAGAGAGACAAUCUUAGCCAUCACAGGAACCGUGAGGUGGGGCCCUGCAGGUAACAGAUGGAGAAAGCCACCCAGAGAAGUGGCUGUGACCUGUCCAAGGACACCCAGUCAAUGACCUUGCUUCUCUGGAUUUCAGUUUCCUCAACUGUCAAACGAGGCUAAUAACAGAACCUACCUGGGAGAGUUGUGAGGAUAAAAAGGGUUCACAGGUCGAGGGGUUAGGACAGUGCCUGGCACAUAGUAG